UUACGAAAAGAUUGUUGUGGAGUUUUAGUUUUCGGAAAUUUGGUAAAAAUGUCUACUGCCCUUGAACCAGCUCGUGAAAAAGCUUUGCAAGAUUAUCGCAAAAAACUACUAGAACAUAAGGAAGUGGAAUCCAGGUUAAAAGAAUUGCGAGAAUCCUUGAAGGAAUUAACAAAGCAGUUUGAUAAGUCCGAAAAUGAUCUAAAAGCGUUGCAAAGCGUCGGUCAAAUCGUUGGAGAAGUCUUAAAACAGUUGACCGAAGACAAGUUUAUUGUAAAAGCUACUAAUGGGCCUCGUUACGUCGUAGGUUGUCGUCGGCAACUAGAUAAAACUAAGUUAAAAUCUGGGACUCGCGUAGCGCUCGAUAUGACUACCUUGACCAUCAUGCGUUAUCUACCGCGUGAAGUAGACCCGCUAGUCUAUAACAUGUCUCACGAGGAUCCCGGGGAAGUACUAUAUUCUUCCAUUGGUGGUCUUUCCGAGCAAAUUCGCGAAUUGCGUGAAGUAAUCGAAUUGCCUCUGCUUAAUCCGGAGUUGUUUUUGCGGGUUGGAAUUACACCGCCGAAGGGGUGCUUGCUAUAUGGUCCCCCCGGUACAGGAAAAACCCUGCUGGCCCGAGCCGUCGCAUCCCAGUUGGAUGCUAAUUUCCUUAAAGUGGUUUCAUCGGCAAUAGUUGAUAAAUAUAUAGGAGAAUCUGCUCGCCUGAUUCGUGAAAUGUUCAACUAUGCUCGUGAUCAUCAACCAUGUAUUAUUUUUAUGGAUGAAAUUGAUGCAAUCGGUGGCAGACGAUUCUCCGAAGGUACAUCUGCCGAUCGUGAAAUCCAGCGAACAUUGAUGGAGCUUCUUAAUCAAAUGGAUGGCUUUGAUUCACUAGGACAGGUUAAAAUGAUUAUGGCCACAAAUCGACCGGACACACUGGACCCUGCACUCUUGCGUCCAGGACGCUUAGAUAGAAAAAUUGAAAUUCCUCUGCCCAACGAACAAGCGAGACUGGAAAUCCUGAAAAUUCAUGCCAAUCCCAUUGCUAAGCAUGGAGACAUUGAUUAUGAAGCGGUGGUCAAGCUUUCGGAUAACUUCAAUGGAGCGGACCUCCGCAACGUAUGCACUGAAGCCGGUCUGUUUGCGAUUCGCGCUGAGAGAGAAUACGUCAUUCAAGAAGACUUUAUGAAAGCUGUGCGAAAAGUUGCCGAUAACAAGAGAUUGGAAAGUAAAUUGGAUUACAAGCCGGUUUGAAUUACAUAUUACCAAAUGCUCAUCAAACAAAUCUAUAGAUUUAUAGUAUUUCUCAAUUGCAAAUCUAACUUUUUCAGCAUAAAAAUAAAAGGAAAAUAAAUAAGA